AUGUCCAAUAAUAACUUCACCUUCUUCGACCAAUUCGACUUCACCAAGGGCUUUGCGGCACCCGAUCUUAUGGCGGGCUUUGCCCAGGACGAUCAGAAUCAAUAUAUUGACCCUGCGCUGCUGCAGCUUGAUGCGCAGAGUGGUGAUGGCGCAGGCCAGGUGUCGGCGAGUGUGGGUGUAAACCCGCAGCCCGCACUUGACGAUGUUGACUGGGAUAACUUGCUCAGGGACUUCCCGAGCCACGACGACGAAGGCACGCAAGCCAUUGCUGUACUCCCCGAAAAGCCUCCAUCGGAAUCUGUUCAACACCAUACAAUACCUCCCGGAUCGAGCCACAGCCCGCACUUCGGCCUCCAAGUCGAUCGAUCACAAUUCGAUCACGAUCUCACUAGCCAGUCAUUUCAAAGAACUGCAGCCUCCGCCAGAUCUCAGGUGCAGAAUCUAUCUCCCAACAUGCACCACAUCCCGAAUCUCGGUCGUGCGCCAGAAGGUCACUACAGCCCGCCGUCCUGGUCGAACCAAGUGCCAGCUUCUUUGCGCACACCUCAGAUGCAGCAAACUUUCAUGACGGGGCACAACAUGACACAGAACAAUCCGUACAGUAGCCCUGUGCAUUCUAUCGAGGCUGAACAUCAGCAGUACGCUUCGCAUCAGCAGCGGUUCACGCAGCGGCCGAUACACGGUCAAUACAGCCAGGUCCAGCAGGGCUAUGUUGUCCGUGAUGUUGAGCAGGACAGUCCAGGCAUAAUUCAUCAGUACAGCCCAGGCCCUGAAGCCUCUCCCGAUCCAGAGUAUUCUGAUGCUGGUAGUCGACGGCCAAAGGGCAAGGGCAGAGCUCGCGACGGCUCAACGCCGCACGAGAACCCGCGCUGUCUUGAUUGUGGCAAACGGUACCGACUGACCAAGAGCGAGGGCCGCUGUUCACGUUGCGCAGACAAACACAUUCGGAGAUUGGCCGGUCAGCAACCGCACACUUAUGUCCUGGAUCCGUCAGUGCCAGACAUUGCCACCGCGAGACAGAUUGUGAGCCCGCUAAUUCCAGGUCGAAACCUCUGCAAUGACGACUACCACCGGUUCGCAGGUCAAGAGAACCUUUGGGUGGAGCGACUUCUGCAAGCUGUCAAUGUCGUGCAGUCGGAGGCGAAUGAUGGCAGUGUCUGGGCACUUCGGCAGCAGACAUACCUCAACGAAAAGGCCGAGCUCGAGAAAGGCUACACCGACCAGCAAGUCACUGCCCGACUCCGCGCUCUGUACCAGGAGAUCGUCAACUACCACGCGGGCGGACCAGCAGUGUAUGCAAUAGGUGGCGACAACGCAGGCUACACCGACAACCGCAUCCUGACAUUCUCUAAGCGCAUCAACAUGAUAUGCGGAAUCAUGGCCAACAACAAGCGAGUGGUGAUGGACGUUGUCGAAGGCCGCGGUGUCCAGGGUCUCGUUGCUAACCCGGAGGUGUACAACCGUCGGAAACAGUCAAACAAUAACUGCAACGAGGAGAAGAAGCGUAUCAUGGAGAAGGGCAAGGAGGUCGAGGGUGUGACGCCUGGACCGAAGACCAGGAAGCGGAGGAGGACUGCUGCUUCGAUGGAGCCUGAUGUGGACGGGUACGAGCCGGUCGAGACUGAACAUGCCCAAGCUGCUCCGUCUGAUGGCCUGAGAAGAAGUCCUCGUUUGGCGGAGCAGCUGGAAAACGCUCUUGCCGAUAUCGAUGGUGUGGAGCGCGAGGGCUUGGGGGAUGAUGAGUACAUUCCGCUUCAGGGCUACUCCGCGGUCAACGGUGGCUACAGGUAG